AUGCACCAGUUAGUGAAAGCAGAGGGAUGGAAAGCGCUCACACUUGCAAUAGACGCAUGCACCAUCGUUCACAGGUCAAUUGAAGUUGCUAGAGCUGCCAAGCGUAUCCCGGCCCACCGGCUAGAUCCGCACGCAGAGUUUGAUGCAGGAGGCACUGCAAGAUGGAUGUCCGAUGAUCAACAUGACUAUGUUCACCUCCUGGACACAGUCUUACCUGAAGGUACUUGUGACGAGACCACAUUGGCCAAGACGCUAUUGGAUGCAGAGCAUGAGUACAGUACGAACUUGGACCUAAGCUUUGUCAUCGACAUUUUGGACAUGGAUAACACUGCCUUUUGUGCUAGGGUUGCAUCCGAACUCCAGUUAGCUCCCCCAGUUACCAAUGCAGCCUUGACUGAGAACCAAGUCAAGGAUCAAGUUCUGCAGAAAUUCAACAUCUCUUUAGGGCCCAGAACGUCCAUCCCAUGGCUUAAUGUCAUUGCCCGUGCAUCACUGCGUCCAUUGCCACUCAAAGCUCUCACGGUCCUCAUCCAUGCCUUCCUGCCCCAGCUUACCUUUGAAGGUGAAACUGCCAUUGCAUCCACCCCAAUGGUCAGCCGAGCAUCAUUGGAUGGCCUCGCAGUCACAGUUACUUCUAUUGCUAGAGGGCAUGAACAGCUACAUGAGUACUGGUUCGAGUUCUCCAACCCAAGAGAGCCCAUUGCCUUUUGGAUACCAUGUUAUGAUGCCCGCUAUUCGGCUCAGAACUGGUAUGAUGACUACCAGAGCUCAAUCCAAUUGAAUCUGGAUGAGGGUACGGUUUUGGCCUUUGUAUGUAAGUACUCGACAGACUCCCCGGUCAUUGCCGCUGAAGGUGUUGCUGCCUCUACGAUGGACUCAUCACCACACCUACUGAUCCUGCUACGAGCUCCCUGGAGGCCACUGGGUCUCUGGGGAACGACACACCGCUGGGUAAUGCAGCAGGUAAAGGGUAUGCAAGUUAUGCUCCUCCCAGGCCUCAACACUGCUGUGCAGCAUCUCCUCCCUCGCAGCUGGAACAUUGUUCCUGGAACACCUCGAGCAAUGCUACACAUGGAGGACAUCCAGCUAGAUGUGCGUGCUAUUGUUAAAGUUGGUAAGACCUUGGGCGGCUCCCAGCUCAUGAAUAUCGCGCACUUGCCAGCAGUGCGCCGGCCAUUUGUACUAGGCAUUCCACAACAGUUCGCCUGUGUGCUCUUUGCCCCAGAGUAUAAGAGUGAGCUAACGACCAGCCUGCAUCUUCUUACCACACUGUUUGUCACCCAGAACACCUCUAUCCUCCCGCCCUGUGACUUGCGUGUCCUGGUGGGUGCCGACAAGAUCGCCUGCGCGAUAUCCUUGGCGCAUCAUGGCUUGGCAGCUAUGGAAUGUUGUGGAAUGCGCCUUGGAAUAUGUCGGGGCGCUGGCGAGAUCGCAGCAGCGCUUUCCAUCGGGGCCCUGCAACGGCCGCCGGCUGGAAGUUGCAUGCACCUGAAACACAUUUGCUGCGCCAAAGACGAUUGGCGCCUUAUGCACGAGGUGGAAAGGGAGAUCCAGGCUGCCAGCUACAAGAAGGAGGGUGAUGCCUUGGGCUUUCACCGGAGCAAGAAGCACAAAGUUGCUUAUGGUGAAUCGCUGUCAGAGGCGCCUGCAUUCGUUAGCCUGGUGAAACAUGCCCUGGCCGUAUUUGAUCUUACACUGGUGGACUGCUGGGCCAAUUUGUACAGCGGCGAGGAUGACAUGAAGUCCAUGCACCAUGACAACUAUCAGGAUCGGCAUCCGAGAGCUACUGCCACGAUCGGGAUCAGUUUGGGCCAAGGACGACAUUUCGCCUUCCAGAACCCUGUGAACCAUGAAGAGCACCAGGUUGUGACUGAAAACGGUGACAUUUUUGCUUUCGAUGAGCCUUUUAACAAUCUCUUCAAACAUGCUGUGCCUCCAGAGACUCCGGGAACUGCCCCCGGCAAGCGCAUUGCGGUGAUCAUUUGGGCCAACGAGCAGGACAUGGUCCCGCGCAUGGUGAGGGAGAAGAACCCGGGCAUGCGUGACAUCGUACCCCUGAAAGUUGACUGGGAGAGUUGGGGCAAAUGUGUCCCUGGUUCUUUGUCGCGACAUGAUCGAGCAGGCAUGGCCGGCCAUAUUUUCAACUUAAAGAUCUUGAGGAGUACUACCGUGAAAGUUAAACCCAGAAACUGCUAG